AUGCCGCACUUGCAGCGCGAUAAAGGGGACCUUGCAAAUAUCAAUCUAGCUGGGCCUGUUGCUUUUUCAGCCCCGGCAAAUGGCCAUAAAAAGCGUCGUAUGUGGGCCCCGUACCCUUCCGAACACCGAUCUCACCAGCCUGCACGCUGUGUCACGGCCAGGGUCCUAACUCCACAGCCCGGCCCCGUAGGGUGCUCCGUGGAGGUGAAGGCCAGGAGGAACGAGCCCGUCAAAAGACUCCCGCAGAAAAGUCAGCAUUAA